CAGGCAAAGAUGGGGCAUACAAGAAAGGUUUAAGAAGCGGGUGGACUGUUGAAUAUUUUAGUUUGUUCCAUGUGGACACUUUGCAUGGGGACUCUCCCUCUGUAGGGAAAGUCCACCAAACAUUCUGCACUGGAGUCUUUAGAAAACCAGUCAAGACCAUUCUCUCCCACCAGCUUUUUGAGAAUAGGGGAUCAGUUUAGGGUGCUCUAUUAGAACAGUCUUUCCCAUACCUUGGUGCUCUCCAGGGGCUUUGGACAACAACUCCUGCCAGCCUUAACCAGCACAACCAUGGGAUUUGUAGUCCCAAGAUAUCUGAAGAGUGCCAGUUUGACAUAGAGCACGGGUGUCAAACACAAGGCCCGCGGGCCGAAUCCGGCCCGCCAGACCUCGUCAUGUGGCCCGUGUAGCCGCCGGCGGCCGCCAGCCUUCACCUUUUAUUCUCUAGUCACUAGAGGAACCCCGGGGAUCCCUUUCCAAGUCUACCAUCCUAAUCGAAGCCUAGGACAGUUGUGUCGGCAGCUGAAGCUGCAAAAAGAGAGACCAAAACAAAACAAAACCCUAUUAGAUUCGGAAGGAACCGCAGGAGCUCCUGGCUGUGUGGGGAGCACCGCUCUUCCCCUCCCCGCAGCUUCCCAGCCAAGAGACACAUGCAGCCCGGCCUGCCCGCUUCCCCCUGCGAGGCGGCGCGCUGUGGGCGGGGAUGGGGGGCUGGAAGGAGGCGGUGGAGAAAGCGAAGGCGCUCCCUUCCCGCGCCGUUACUCGGCCGGCCUGAGAGAAAAUUUCUGAGGCGGCAGCGGCCUUCGUCCAGGGUCGGGGGGCCAUGGCGGGACUUUGCCCUCCCGGCGGCCUGGAGCAUCUGGAGCUGGGGCGGCUGCGGAACCCGCCGGGCAGCGGCGGCAGAGUCGUCGUCGGCGCUUCUUCUCCUCCUCCUUCAUCUUGCUCGCCGUCGCCGCCGCUCUCGUCUUGCUCGAGGCAGGCCUGGAGCCGGGACAACCCGGGCUUCGAGCCCGAGGAGGAGGUUGCCGAGCAGCCGCCGCCUCGCCACCUCGCCUGGGCCAAAGGGAUGGCGCACCGCCUGUGAGGAAGAGAUGUCUGGAGAAACGGUGGUGAGCACUGCAGUGCCAGCAGCCGCAACCCGCACCAUGUCCUUCAAAGGCGCCAGCCCCAGUUCCAAGUAUGUGAAGCUGAACAUCGGCGGAGGCCUGUACUACACCACCAUGCAGACGCUGACCAAGCAGGACACCAUGCUCAAGGCCAUGUUCAGUGGCCGGAUGGAGGUCCUCACCGACAGCGAAGGCUGGAUUUUGAUUGACCGCUGCGGUAAACAUUUUGGGACCAUCUUAAACUACCUGCGUGACGGUGCUGUACCCCUUCCAGAGAGCCGGCGGGAGAUAGAAGAGCUGCUGGCAGAAGCCAAAUAUUAUUUGGUCCAAGGUCUGGUGGAUGAGUGCCAGGCUGCCCUACAGCAGAACAAAGAGGUCUACGAGCCCUUCUGCAAGGUGCCCAUCAUCACAUCCUCCAAAGAAGAGCAGAAACUUAUAGCCACAUCAAACAAGCCAGCGGUAAAAUUGCUGUACAACAGAAGUAACAACAAGUACUCCUACACCAGCAACUCCGAUGACAACAUGCUGAAGAACAUUGAGCUGUUUGACAAGCUUUCGCUGCGCUUCAAUGGGAGGGUCCUCUUCAUCAAGGAUGUCAUUGGGGACGAAAUUUGCUGCUGGUCUUUCUACGGACAGGGGCGCAAGAUAGCGGAAGUCUGCUGCACGUCCAUUGUGUACGCCACGGAAAAGAAACAGACCAAGGUUGAAUUCCCAGAAGCCCGGAUCUACGAGGAGACAUUAAACAUUCUGCUUUAUGAAGCCCAAGAUGGACGAGGCCCUGACAACGCGCUGCUGGAAGCGACUGGAGGGGCAGCUGGCCGCUCACACCACCUGGAGGAGGACGAGGAGCGGGAGCGCAUUGAGCGGGUCCGCAGGAUCCACAUCAAGCGCCCGGACGACCGCACUCACCUGCACCAGUGAGAGAGAGACAGAGAAGCCAGCCUCAGCCCACAGUCCUGUUGGGGCAAAAUCUCCGUCCAGGCUCGCUCCAGUGGCUGCCAGGCACCUAACUUAUAUUCCAUGCGGUCUAUAAACUGUUAUUUUAUAAACAAGUUAGAGUAUUUUUGGAAUGGAACACAGUAGUUUUAUCAUGAAAAUCCACGAGGUGUCCAGCUUCACAGCAAUCCUGUAGACUCGCUCCAGCCUCUGGGAAUCAAUGCCUGUCUUGGUUUAUCCAGCACUUCUUGUUCCUGCUCUCUCGUGCCUUGAGGAAUCUUCCUUCUGCAGGGGCAUUUUGCAAAGGCAGCCUCCCCCCACCUGGUGCUCUCUGGGAGCUUUGGACUCACAGCUCCCAUCCUAAUGGAGUUGUAGUCCAAAGCCCUCUGGAAAGGGCUAUGUUGCUGGGGAUGGCUGUGCUAGCAAAACAAAGAUGUUGGCUGCCCUCUCCAUCUCACUCAAGUCCAGGGUUCAAGAAAGGCAGCUCAACUUCCACACACCUCCCACUUUCUCUUCUUGAAAGUUGAAACGGAAGAGAUGAGCUGCCUCUCAAUUCAUGCACUGUGACAAAAUCUACAGUAGAAACCUCUUUGCUUGCUUUGGCACCAGGUUGCUAAUUUCCUAAGUGCAGGUGUAACUUGUCUGUGAACAGAGACAGGGGCACUUUGUAUGAGGAAAAGGACACAACAUACUUCUAGGAUGGAAGGAUAAUCCUUCCGCUUCCCUCUUUCUUUUUGGACAUGGGCAGAGGAGAGGUGGUCCUCUCUUGGCCGCUCUUUAGGGAAAUGCAGCUGCAACAGGGCCAAAGUGUUGUCUUGCCUCUUCCCAAGUUAACAUUUGGUGUUUGUUUGUUUUUUCUUUCAUGCUGUGACAGUUUUUCCACAACAAAAGUCCAAGCAAUGCCUCUUCCCAUUUUAGUCAGGCUUUUACAAUUCUCGUUUUCCCACCCACUUCCAUGCAGACAAACCCUGCUGAUUUUGGGAGCGCAUCUGUUUCUCCUUCCAUCCGUCCCAUCUUGGGUGUGUAAGUUGCUCUUGCCUGUCUUGUAGGUGGGACAGAAACAAAAAUGUGAACUUGCCAUGCCACUGUCUUUGCUGUGCCCUGCUCUCUUCUUUUGUAACCCAAGGCAUGUCUCAAAAGUGAGAGAACCUACAGCACCGGGUGGGGAGAGCAAGGGGCUGUCCUACGUAUCCCUCCAGCCCCAAAAUAUCAGAUGCAGCUUUUGCAAAAGCCAGAUUUUCUCCCAGGUCAUGUAGGCUCAUGUGCAUAUGUAAAGCCUCAGUCUUACUACUCGGGAGGUGGGAGGCAGUUUAGAGGAGCACCUUCCACAUACGAGAAUACAUUCUCUGUGUGUUGAGGCAGGAUGCACGAUUAUCACCCCUUUUUAAUCUACCUCUGCACAAUUUCUCUUUUACUUCCAUUAGGAAGCAGAUUAACCAGAAACCUGUAAUGUUGUGUUUGGGACUGAAGUAGCAGGAAAGCCAAAGCAUCAAGCUGUUUGCUGAAGCUUAGAGGAGCCCUCCCUGGCCUGGCACCCUCCAGAGGGGUGGACCACAACUCCCAUCAGCCCCAGGAUCACAUGGCUAUCCUGGUUGGGACUUAUGGGAGUUGUAGUCAGACCCAUUUGGAGGGUGCCAGGCCAGAGAAGGCUGAAGUAUUAAUACGCUGAAUAUCAAAGUCUCACUUGGCUCAUUCCUUUUUGUGUGUUUGGGUCUCUGUCUCAUCCUCCCGCAGUUGAUGCAGCCCCUCAGCUGCAACUUUCUCCCUUUGCAGGAGAAAAGAAAGACACUGGUUGGUGGUCUUAUUUAUCCCAUUUCAUGCCUGUCACUUGUGCAGCAUAAAACAUUGCGGAACAAAAUGGUGUGUCAUGAUGGUGCUCUGGAUGCUCCCAACUCCACAUCAUCUUGGAGGAUUCAUUGUUAAAAACAUGUUUAAGUAUUAUAGUAAGUGACAUCACUGUAAAACUUGCUCAGUAUUUUGACAUCCUUAAUAUGUUACAGCUAAGCUUAUCUAGGAGUUGUAGUUCAAGGAAGGCACUUAAGAAACUUCUCCAGCAAGA